AAACACACCCCACCUUUGUCACUUUAGUACUACUACACUCAUACAAAACAAUCUUUAAAAUUCUUGAAUCAACUUUAAACCCUGAAAUCUCUUUCUAAAAAUGGCCGACGAAACACCCAUCACCGCCACACCACCGCCGGCGACAGAACACCACGACGGAACCCUAGAAACCCAACCACCACCGGAGCAAGAAACACCACUUUCUUUACCACUCAUAUUAACAUCAAAAGAAACCACCAUUGCAUCACCACCAACACCCACCAUAGGUGAAGUUAUAGAACACCCACAAAAACCCAUAAAAAGAACCCCCCCAGAUUCUUUGGUUUCUUUCAAAGAAGAAAGCAACAAGUUCAAAGAUCUAUCAGAUUUGGAAAAAGAUUCACUUUCUGAGCUCAAAAAUGUAGUCCAAGAAGCUAUAAACAAUAAAGAUUUAAACUUUAGUACAAAUUCAGAGGAACCCAGCUCAGAAAUCAAAGAAAAUCAUGAAGAGAUCUCAAUUUGGGGAAUCCCACUUUUGAAAGAUGAAAGAACCGAUGUUGUUUUGUUAAAGUUUUUAAGGGCUAGAGAUUUUAAGGUCAAAGAGUCUUUCAUAAUGUUAAAAAACACACUUUUAUGGAGAAAAGCAUUUAGUAUUGAUGAUUUAGUCAAUGAAGAAUUAGGUGAUGAUCUUGAAAAAGUUGUGUUUAUGCAUGGUUAUGAUAAAGAUGGACACCCUGUUUGUUAUAAUGUUUAUGGUGAGUUUCAAAAUAAAGACUUGUAUGCAAAAACAUUUUCUGAUGAAGAAAAAAGGACUAGGUUUUUGAAAUGGAGGAUUCAGUUUCUUGAAAGGAGUAUUAGGAAGUUGGAUUUUAGGCCUGGUGGGAUCAAUACUAUUUUUCAAGUUAGCGAUUUGAAGAAUUCGCCUGGGCCCGGCAAACGGGAGCUUAGAUUGGCUACUAAGCAGGCUUUGCAGUUGUUGCAGGAUAAUUAUCCCGAGUUUGUGGCUAAGCAGGUUUUCAUCAAUGUUCCAUGGUGGUAUUUGGCUUUUUAUUCGAUGAUGAGUCCGUUCAUGACUCAAAGAACUAAGAGCAAGUUUGUGUUUGCCAGCCCUGCAAAAACCGCUGAAGCCCUUUUCAAAUAUGUGAGUCCAGAACAUGUCCCGAUACAGUAUGGUGGACUGAGUGUAGAUUAUUGUGAUUGCAACCCGGAAUUCACGAUUGAUGAUCCAGCUGCAGUUGUUAUUGUUAAACCAGCCACCAAGCAAACUGUGGAGAUUAUUGUAAAUGAGAAAUGCACUUUUGUGUGGGAGCUACGAGUAGUUGGAUGGGAAGUGAGCUACAGUGCUGAAUAUGUGCCAAAUAAUGAAGGUAAUUAUACCAUUAAUAUCCAGAAACCAAAGAAGAUGAGCCCAACAGACGAGCCAGUUAUAAGCCACAGUUUUAAAAUCAGUGAGCUGGGUAAGUUACUUCUCACUAUUGACAACCCAACUUCAAAGAAGAAAACACUGCUUUAUAGGUUUAAAGUUGAUCCUCUUACUGAAUGAAGAACCACACCUUCCAUACUUCAAAGUUAUGACGGGUUUGUUAAUGUUGGAUUUGGAAUACCGAAUAUUGUAUUUUUUAAAAAUGUUUUGCUUCUUGUGUUGUACUUUUACCUCCUGAUUGACUUCUUCCUUCUAUGGGCUGGAGGUAGUGUAUCUUGUUAGUAGUUUGAUAUGAACUUGGUCUUAGAGUGUUGUAUUGUUGUGCAUUUGAUAUGGAUUUGGUUUGAUAUAACCCUUUGUUGCAGUUAGUUCAUGCAACUAUGUUGUAAUUGUACUAAAUUACUAAUGAUAAUAGGUUUAGAAUCAAUUUACAUAUUUGGUUUGUUUUGACCCA